ACAUAUUAAUUCUAUUUUCAGGAUGUCUCCAGGGAUAAAUGAAAGUUAAUCCAGAUUUAUCUUCUGAGAUGAAUACCAAAUGUCACAGAUUCAGAAACUUCCAGGAAAACAGAAUCCAAAAGAAAAUAAACGGAGAAAAAAAAAAUUUCAUAUUGAUUUAGAAAAACAAAAAAUAAAAGGAUAAAAAACAUUAUUGCAAAACAUGAUGGUAUGAUAAAGGACAUUAAGGAUGUACUUGUGAAAUCAAAAUAAAAGGACAAGAUUAUGAGACAUGAUGAACAAUGAAAAAUGGCUUGGUAUUUGAUAUCCAAUAUUGAUAGUGCUUGGAGAACUUAUUGGGGAAAAAAAUUUGAUAAUAGAUAUUAAAGCAUCAGGAUGAAAUUCAAACAUAAGCUGGAGCGGACACUUUCCCUCCGCUUUUCUGCAGACAAGCAGAAAAAAUCAUGUAACCCAGGAAACAAUUUGAAUCACACGCUAUCUGGAAAUUUGAUGAAUUCCAAGGAUAAAGUAGAUUCUGAAUUGAGCACGGAAAAUUUGAGUUAUUGCAAUAAAGCCAAGACAAAUAGUUUAUUAUUUCAUGAAGGAAAUAAAAUCCAUGACAUAAACUGCCAUUUAAAGACAGACACAAAAAACUGUCACAGCCUUGAUUCUGGAUUUUCUGAUAAAGAUGGGAAAAACAAUCUGUUGCUUGGCAGAUCAGAAUCAGACUCUCUUUAUAUGGACAGUUUACAUUGGAAUCAUACUAAGACAGAAAAAAGAUGGAAAAAACAAAAUAUUUUUACAAGGAAUUUUUCCAAGACAAGGAGAAAAGCAGGAUUAGUGAAAAGGAUUUCUAAUUCAAAAACUGUUUCCAAAAAGUCCAAUAUUACUUUGUCUGCAAAUUUAAAAUCGCAUAUUAUGGCAAGUAUUGCAGAAAACACUUGUGUCGACAUUUCAAAACUUAGUCAAGAAAAAGCUAUAAAAUUGAAAGAAAAUAUUAAGCGCUGUGCAGGAGAAUGGGAAAAUAUUAAGCGCUGUGCAGGAGAAUGGGAGCAGAACACAGACGGUUCAAAGAAUGUUAAUGGAACAUUGGAAUUAAAAUUGAGAUUAGAGAACAAAAAUAGCAAGGAGCUUAAGCUACAAGUGCCAAAUACUGAAACAAAAGAAUCUGAACAUGAAAAUCUCUCGUUAAGAUUAAGUAAAGACUUGUCUCCUACUUGUGCUGAUAUGUACGGCACGGAUGAAGUAGAUAAUGUUUCAUUUAAUAAAAUAUUAAUUGAGGGCAACACCAUUAAUGCCAUAAGCUCAAAGUCAAGUACAAGUGGCAUUGCAAAGUAUAUCGAUAAACAGAGUUCUUCAGAAAUAAACAAAAAAAUUGAAAGUAGAGUGUCUUCCUGGUAUAAUGAUUAUCAAGGUGCCAUGAUUGUUGAUAAUAAAAUUCCUGAUUUAGAAUAUGACCAGGAUAAUUCAAAUGUAGAUACAAGUAAAGUUCUUGAAAACAGUGCAAAGGUUUAUAAACAUGACAAAGUAGUGUCUAACAAAUAUAAAGACUUAUCUAAAGUUUGUAGCUUUAGAAUGGUACCCAAUGAGUCACAUGGCUCCAAGAAUGGGUGUCGGGAUAAUUUUGAAAAUCCCUGGGUUCUACAGGAUGGCUCUCAAAGAAUGUCAGACAUGUCUGAAAGUCUUACAAAUAAUGAAGUUGAAAGAUCACUAGGGUUUGAAGUGAGUGAUACAAAAACAAACAAUUUAAAUGCAUGUGAAAGAAAAUUAGUCAGAACUAACAGUGCAGACUCUGUGGACUCCUUUGGUUCAAGCUAUCAUUCAGUGACUUCUGUAAAAGAUUUAUAUUUCUCUGACUCAGAAGCUGAACAUAACAUUGGAAAUAUAUCUGAUGACUCGAUAGAAUGUGCAGAAGGGUUAGUUAUGUCUAAAAGUGAUGAUAUCCCAAGUAAGGAACUUUCUAACUUAGAUACUGAAGCAGUUACUGAUUCAGAUAAAGCAUCAAACUGUGUAACUAAAAGUCACAAAGGAAAUGAGAGACCUAACAGUAUGGGCCAGUUUUACAAGAACAGUGAACAUAUACAUUCUUAUAGUAAGAAAAGUGACUCAGAUUCUGAUGAAAAGCAAAUGAUUCCAUAUGCUUUAGCAGAGAAAUUUAAUGGCAGUAUUACAACUAGAAAGAAGAAAAAGAAACCACAUAGUAGAUCUUUUGACGAGAAACUAGAUAAAACAGUCCAUCUUAGCCCUGAAAGAUCAUCCAGUGGUAAAAAAACUAAUUUGAUGAAGUCUUUGUCACUUGGCUUAACAACUGAAAAUGAAGGUAAAAAAGUUGAGAAAGCGAAUCAUUAUCGAAGAUCGCUAGAUUCUAGUCUAGUUCAAAGAAAUAUUUUAAAUGAACUUCAAUCAGCUGAGAAAAGAGAAUUUGUAUCCACUGACUCAAAUGAAUUCCUUUCACCAGUACCAGAAUCACAUAGUAAAACUUCACCAAAUGAAAAAACUGAUUUCAAAGAGACUGAUAAGAAUCUUGACCCAACACGAUUUUUCACUCUGCCAAACCCCAAAAAACUGAAGGCACAGCAGCAGAACCUAAAAAAGAAACUUGGCAGACUAGGAAGUGUAUCUAAACUGCUCAGUGACAAAGCUACCUCUUUGUCUACUUUGAAGAUGGGAGCAUCCUUUAAGCUCAGAAAGGAAUUAGAAAAGUCUAAAGAAUUGGUUUCCUCCUCAGCAUCAUCCUUUUCUGAUUUAAUGUCAAAGAAAGCUUCCAGUUUUUCUACAUUAAUCAGAAGGAGAACAAACUCAAACACUGCGGUUGAAAGUCCGUUUAAACAAUAUACAAAGAAAGUGAAAAAAGUUAAAGACGAAAAUGCAUCAGAGCUUGUUUAUGAAAAAGUAAGGGUGAGAGUACCUACUAAACGUCCAGUUACUGCCCUUGAACAAACAGCAAGGACAAAAAGAUUGAGAGUUAAUCUAAGACUUGCCAAGGCUGCUUGUAAAAGUGAGUCAGAGAAGUAUGACAUGGAUUCAAAGUCAAGAUCAAGUAGUUUCGUAGGACGACCCUGGAAUUCAACAUCAAUCAGCCCUCUUAAAAGUCCAACCUUGUUGGAUGAAAUAAUGAAAUCUGUUGAUACUGCAGGGGUAAGAAAACAAUGUAGUGUCAGCAAUGAUGAUCUGGAUGUGUCAGAUUAUGGGGAAAGUUCCAGUGGAAGUUCCAUAUUUUUGUUUCAGAAACAAUACAGUUUGGAUUCUGAUACCAAUUUGGCUAAAGACUUAACAUUACUGGCAGUAUGUAGAAUUUGUGGGAGAGUACAAAGUUGGUCAGAUAAAAACUCAUCAGAAUCAUUGAUAAAGAGAAAUUCUGGUUCAUUUCGAUUUUCACUUAGCUUGUGUGAUUUGAGUUCUACUUGCCAAUGUUUGACAAGAGGUAAAAGUUACAAAGAUAGGUAUGGUGUGAUUUUGCCUGCUACAGAUGAAAAAUGCACAUUUAAUCAGAAUGCCAAACGAAAGUCAUGGGUUAUUAUGUCAGAUUGUAAAAGUAGUGUUACUGAUGAGAUAAAAGGUGGGAACAUUUUGUCUCAUGGAAAAAUGUUUUCACCAAGCUGUCAGAGGCCUUCUUCCAUGCAUGAUCUGAGACACAAUCUUGAAGACACUAAAGAGGAGAAAGUAGAAUUUGAAGUGGGGGAUGCAAUAAGUUGUGAAAGUAUGGAUGCUUCAAAUGCUUUGCCAGGAACCUUGCUUAGACAUAAACCUUUACUUGAUUUAAGUGGUGAAAACUUGGAUGAAACUAUAGAUUCACAGGACGAUGUUGUAAAUGAGACAGAUGAACAGUAUGCAAAGAAAAGCCAGUCUUGUGGUGACUUACUAGAAUCAGGAAUAUAUUCAAGUCAGUUAACAAAAAGCGAUCUGGUUAAGAUUGAAAUUAAGAAUGAAAAAGAUGAAGAUGCAGAAAGUUUUCAUUCUUGUUCAGAAACUGCUGAGACAGAUUUUGUAUUUGAGAAUGAUAACACUGAUAAACUGAAAUCUCACUCUUGUGGUAACCUGCUUGAUGCCAAUGAAGUUAAUCUUGGUGACAACUUAAAACUAGAGGAACAGAGAAAGAAGGAAUUGAGGAAAGUUAAGGUCAAGUCAAUGUCAAGUUCCCAUGAUGCAUUGAGUGACCUUGUUGCCAUGGAAACUAUUAAUAUUGAUGACGUGGAUGGUAUCUUGGGUAAAGGAUUUGAGUGUAAUAAAACAUCUGAGAAUCAGGAAAAUGGACAAUCAGUUGUUAAUAAUAUAAUUGGAUUGACCCAAAAUGAUUUAGAUACUGAAAACAAAAUAAAAACAGAUGACCAGUGGACCAUUUCUAACAGUGAGUAUGAAAUUGAAACUAAUACUCUCAUGCCAAGAGAUGAUGGAGAAGACAAAGAAAAUAAUAAAUGUGAAAGAUGUAAUGGCUUGCGAUAUGAGUUAGCUGACUCAAAGUCUGCUCUUAAAUCCAGAUUAAAUUCAUCUGUUGAUGAAAGUGAUAUGAAAGUUAUUUCAAAACCUCCGAUACCUCGUAAAAGACGUCAAGCGAAAGUUCUUUCUCUUUGUGACAUUUCAAACCAAGACAAUGACAACUACAAAGAGUUUAGAAGGCAAAAAGUACUCUCCAUGGUCGAAUUGCAUGAAGAACGGAAGAGUACUUGUUCAUGUAACUUAAACUUUAAAAAUGACAAUGAAACAAUGAAAAAUUUGUCUAAAACUGAGAAAGAAAAACUAAGAUCAGGCAAUAAUGCAACACCAAAAAUAAGUGCAAGAAGAACAUCUGUACGAAAGUUUUUAUUUGAUGACCAUCAAAUUCAGAGCUAUAUUAAAACUGUUUCUAAAUUUGACAGACAAAAAUCUAUAUCAAGUGAUAAUCUUUUAAGUGGAUCUGUAGAAAGUCCACAGCAAACUGGUCCUGAAAAAUUACAUUCCGCGUGUUCUUUAAAUCGCUUAUCACGAGAUUCAUGUUCGGAUGAAGUAUUUAAUAGACUUACCUUCCCUUUAGUUCCAGAGUUAUCCCCAUAUGUAGAAUUUUUUGAGUCAACCCCUGUAAAGGGUUUUUCAAGACUUUCAGGUCCAAGGAUUUCUUCCCCUGGAUUGUUACCAGAAUUGCCAGAUCUGCCUUCCCUGACUGAAGAAUGUGUAAAUAGAUAUGAUGUUUGUCUAGGGUAUUUGUUACAUUCAGUACAAUGUGAUAAUAAGAUGAUUUGUGUGUAUUCAUUACAGAGGAACAAGCAGUUGAUGGAAUCAGUCAUUACUCCAUUGAACGCUUCUCCACAUACUCCAAGUAGAAAGUCACAUGAACAUGGAAGUGCUAAUAAAAACAAAGCUCAUUAUAAAACCAAGCUUGAUGAAUUCCCAAACCCUGCUGCUCCAAUCACUAAUGUGCCUUCAGACAGGUUAGCUCGUGCAGGUAUUGUUCUUCGGACAGUCUUACUGGCUCGAGCUCCUCACAUGAUCAGAGAUCGCAAAUUUCAUUUACGUACAUAUCGACGAUGUAUGGUUGGUACAGAAAUGGUGGACUGGUUGUUACAGCAGAGUACAUUAGUACAUUCUCGGACUCAGGCUGUGGGCAUGUGGCAGGCACUGGUAGAAGAGGGAGUAGUUGUUCAUGUAUGUCACGAGCACCAGUUUAAGGACAAGUACCUGUUUUACCGUUUCCACGAGGAUGAUGAAGGUGUGAGUACGGUUCCGAGCAGCGCCACAAAACGAGAAUGUGAAGAGGAUUUACCAGACGUGUUUCUAAUGUUGGCGCAUAUUGGACCGGACGCAAUGAUGAGAAUGAUUCUAAGGAAACCACCUCAUGAAAGGACAUCAGAAGAUUUAGAGAUAAUUUACGAGGAAUUAUUGCAUAUCAAGGCACUGUCACACCUUUCUACAAUGGUGAAGAGAGAACUUGCAAGUGUACUACUGUUUGAGUCCCACGCUAAAUCAGGCACUGUCUUGUUCAAUCAAGGUGAUGAGGGAAAAUCUUGGUAUAUUAUACUGAAGGGAUCUGUGAAUGUGGUUAUAUACGGAAAGGGAGUUGUAUGUACCCUGCAUGAAGGAGAUGACUUUGGUAAACUAGCUCUAGUUAACGAUGCACCAAGGGCAGCAACUAUUGUAUUAAGGGACGAUAACUGUCAUUUCCUUAGAGUUGACAAGGACGAUUUCAAUAGAAUUCUUAGAGAUGUAGAGGCCAACACUGUAAGGUUAAAGGAACACGGCCAGGACGUGUUGGUACUGGAGAAGAUUCCGUCAAAUACACACACUGCCGACGGCUCGGUACAGGCUCACUAUAAAUAUUCAGUUAUGGCAGGGACACCUGAGAAAAUGUUAGAACAUCUGUUAGACAGUAGAUUAGACAAUAAAAACGAGACAGAAAUUGAUGGAUUUCUAGAGGAUUUCCUGCUAACACAUGUGAUUUUUAUGCCAUGUAAUCAUCUAUGUCCAGUCUUGUUAUCACACUAUCACUCAUCCACAGCAGACACAACAGAACAAGAAGGGUUUGAGUUCAUGUUGAACCAUAAAAAAUGUGUACUACAUUUUGUACAGGAAUGGGCCAAUAUUGUAGGGAUGGCGUUCAAAGAGGACCAUACCAUCCAUGCUUUUCUAGAAGAGCUAACCAGCUGUGUUCAAGAUGAUCUUGAAGACUACCCAACAUUGAAAGAUGACUUAGUUGCCAUGGAAACCAUUCUCAAUACAAAUUUUGGGUCUCCAGGUAAUAAACAGAAGAAAAGAAUGUCAGGAACUUUCACAUUUUCCAGAAAACAUUCCAAAGACUGUUACCAGGAUUUCCCAAGAAAGAGGAAACCUAUCUGUCCUUCCGAUGAGACCAUUUUCAAGGUAUACUGUGCUGACCAUACCUACAGUACUCUAAAGUUACCCAUGGAUACCAAGGUAGAACAACUGUUACUAUCAACUAAGGAAAAGCUUGGUCUUGGUGAUGACCUCAUUUUAUGUGAGGUCAAAUCAACUGGAGAGAGACUGAUAUUUAAGGAGAAUGACUUGUGUGUGACUACAGGUCUCAGUAUCAAUGGCCAACUUUUUGUUACACCAAAGGAACAUCUAGAUGCUCUGACACCACUACCAGAACAAGAAGGACCAUCAGAGGGGUCAUUUGCUGUGAUAGAGGUGUACAGUUCCAGAGAAAUGGCAUAUCAUAUGACACAAUAUGACUGGGAACUCUUCACAUGCCUACAAGAGUAUGAGUUGAUAUAUCAAGUAUUUGGACGCUACAAGUUUGGUAAGGUCACAGCCAACCUUGACUUAUUUUUGAAACGUUUUAACGAGAUACAGUUUUGGGUUGUCACGGAGAUGGUGCUAACCAAUAACCUCAGUAAACGCGUGUCCUUGCUGAGAAAAUUCAUCAAAAUAGCUGCUCACUGUAAAGAGUUUAAGAAUUUGAACAGUUUCUUUGCCAUUGUGAUGGGUCUGAGUAAUAUUGCUGUCAGCAGAUUGUCCCAGACAUGGGAGAAACUGCCAAGCAAGUUCAAAAAGAUGUUUGCAGAUUUUGAGACGUUGAUGGACCCUUCUAGGAAUCAUCGAGUAUAUAGACUAUCUGUAGCCAAAAUGUUACCACCAAUAAUACCAUUUAUGCCCCUUCUUAUGAAAGACAUGACAUUUACUCAUGAAGGUAAUAAGACAUACUUUGAUGGACUAGUUAACUUUGAAAAAAUGCAUAUGAUUGCACAGACAUUGAAGACAGUGAGGUUCUGUAGAAGUGCACGACUAGAGAUUGAGGCACCAGGGACAUUGAAGUCUUCAGACACAUCAGAUUAUAUACGUGGCCUGAAGGUCAUUGACAAUCAAAGACUUCUCACACAACUCUCUCACAAACUGGAACCAAGAAAAACUUAACAUUCACGUUAUUUGUCUUGACCUCUGUGAAACCUGAAAUACUUGAGAAGUUUUUUUAUGGACAUUUUUAUUUUCAUUUUUACAAACAUUUUACUGACAUUUCUCUUCAUUUUUACAAACAUUUUACUGACAUUUCUCCAAACAUUUAAUUGUGAAUAUUGUAAAUUAGUGCAAUAAUUCAGGUGUCUGAUUUUGCUCUGGGAAAUGUUUCAAAUUUUGUUAUUAACAUGCUUAGAAUUGGUUCACCUAAGGAGUAAAUGGUAGUCUUUGGCCAUUUGAUGAAACAUAUGUUACCCCCAGUAGAGUAAGAGCACACUAUCCUGAAUAUGGUCCUUUUACCUUUAAAACAAUGUCAUGACAUCAUAAGGGAUUCUUUUACCCAUAGCUUGCUGGUGGCAACAGCUUUUACAUGUGCGACCAGUGCAGACCAAGACCUGAGCAGGCACAUCUUUGCUGUAUGAUCAUGGUCUGCAUUGUUUUGCUAUUCAGUCAGUCUGUUUUUUAUACUCCCCUAAAACUGAACAAUGGUUUUGUCCAGGGUGAAAGAUGGAUAAGUUCAUUUGAGAUAAUAAUUAUUUUACUGGGAAGAGUUAAAUAUAUUGAAACAGUGUUAAAUAGAGCUCUCUAGCAAAGAAAUGUAUUAUUAUUACAUUACUGACAAUCAAUAAAUAUAUCAAGACUAUUUUUAUAAGGGACCUUAAAUGAAAGAUUUAUUAUGAGAGAUAGUUAUGUUCUUAACCAGAACACAAGUUAUCUAGUUUAUUGUCAAACUGAGUUGUCUGACAGCAUAUAUAACAAUUGAUAUGUACGGUAGAUUUAGAAUUGAUAUAUAUUGGUUUUUGGAAAAAAAUUUAUUUUUUUUGUUCAGUUUAUUUACUGUUGCAAUUUGGGUACCCAUAUACAUUUAUGUGUGACACCUCCUAAAGACUUUUUGUCUGAGAAAGCCUUGGAAACUGCAGUUGCCAAAUUUCAAUGGCAGCACUGGUUGUUUUACAUGCCUGGUACAGAGCAAGAAUAAAUGGGACCUCAACUUUUAUGGUUUCUUUAGAAAGACUGUAAUUAGUGUUUGUUGGAGUAGGGCGUCAAACCUUUGACCCCAGGCUUACCAAACCAGUGCGAUUAUUACUGGACCACAGAUACUCAUUUAACAUUAAUGUGAUCUCACAUUUUAUGCCCUUUAUUAAAAUAUUUUAAAACCAGUCUCUGAUAACAAUUAAAAGAAAAAGAAAGAAAUUGACCAAUGAAAAUACAGCAUUUAUAGACUGGUAUCCUAUCUGAAUAUUUUUUUUGAACCCAAAGGAGCAUGAAAUAAUUGGAUGGCUAUUUGAUUCACAUAUAAAGCUUUCAAGAUAGAUAUACCAUGAAAAUAGGCACACAUUUGUGUGACUAGGUAUGGGAAAUAAAAGAAAACAUGCGGGGACAAGAGAUAUUUUGUAGGAGUGCAAGUAAUCAGAUUUAUCUGCAAGAAAUAAUACCAUUUUUUUGUCCAAUGUUUUCUCAGAUGUAUUUGAAUUUUUGGUUCAACAAAUUUCAAAUAUAAUAUAGAUAAGUUAAUCUGUUCAAGUCAGACCCAUUUAAAUGUUUUGUUUGUUUAAAGAAUGUAAUUGUGCAAUAUUUUCAUGACAUUUAUUUUGUGCUAUGACUGUUAUGUACAGGCUUGUUUCUGUUCAAAUAUUGUAAAGUAUGUUUACUAUUUUAUCUUUUCUUUACAUUGUAUUUAUAUUUAAAAUGGCACAAUAUGAUAUUUGUUCACUUUUGCUAGCUACAAUGUUCUGAUAUAAUAUGUUUUUAUUGUAGUUAAAGGCCUCUGACCCAUGAUAUAUAUUAUAUUGCAGUACAUUUGUAUAAAUAUUCAUUUACAAAAUAAAUGAAUUUUACAUCAAAAAUAAGUUAGUCAUAUACAGUAAUUAUAGAAACAUGAUAUAAUUUUUAAUUAUUUUAAAAUGUCAAAAGUGUAAUUUAUUAUCAGACAUAUCGAUCAGUGUUUUAUUAAAUAUAGUUAUUUUAAGAGUAUUUUAUCUGGAAUUUGUAACUGACCAGUGUGUCUUUUGUACUUUUCAAAGACAAUUUAUCAGUUGUUUAAUAUAUAUCCAACAUAACAUUUGACCAUUAUUACAUGUAUUACAUCAGCAAUUCCAUUCUGAUUAACACUUGCAUGUAGUACAAAAUAUGAGAUUUCCUUUACACAGAAAGAAUUGUAUGGGCCUUCAAUCUUAAACUUGAUUUUAUGUAUGAAACACUUUAAACAAAUAUGUAUGUGUCUGAAAUGUUGAUCAUUUAGUCAAUAAAAUGACUACAUCAAUUUGCAAUGUUUGUAAUAUUCCCCCUCCCUUUCUCUUUGAUCUUUUUUUUCUCAGGUUAUCCAAUGGAUCUUUACAGUAUCAUUAUUAUGUAACACUUUUCUGCACAAAUUCCAUUAAAAAAAAGCAUGUAAAAUUAAACAUGCAUGAAAAACAAAACCUUUGGAAGUGAAUUAGUGUUUUAUACAUAAAAUCAUGUUUAGAGAUUUCUUGACAGGUUGUAUAAAGUAAGGAUUGUUUGGUAUAUAAUCUGUUAUAUUUAUAUUGGGGCCAUAUAAACUGUCAUAAAAUCAUUAUAUGUUGCAAUGGAUAUUUCAUUGUCUCAUUGGUAUAUAUCAUAUAACUGUUGUACAUAUUGACAAUCAAAAAUCAUAUUUAGCCAACAUAUUCUUGGAUCACCUAUAAGUCGGGGUCAAUGAUAGCUUGUUUGUUUGAGUAAACAUUCUCAUAUGUAAACAUUUUGGUAAAUAAUUGUAUGUUUGUUAAAUUAUUUAUCACUUAAUAACAAUAACAAUAAAAAAUUCAAAGGGAAAAUUUGGGAAUAAGAGAAUUAAUUUAGUAAUUUAAUGCAAGUUUGAGAAAUGUUUUAAAGUUGAAAAUGCUGUAUUUAUUUUGCAUGUUAUGCUCUUAUUGCAUUGAAGAUUUUCUUUGAAAAUUGUCAACAUUGAGACUUGUAGAACUGUUUCUUGAAAUCUCUACUAAGAAUUCUAUGUAUAUGUUAGUGUUUAUCCGUGCUGUUCUACAGAAAUUAGAAACUUCCACGGGAGCGAUAGCGACAGGAGAAUGUUUCUAAUUUCUGUAGAACAGCUACGGAUAAAUACUAACAUACUUAGUGUCAAGCUUUAUUUUGCCUCAUUAUUAUUCACUUAAUUACGUCACUACGCGGUUCUAUGAAGUACUAUGAAAAAUAGUAGGCGACUAUGAACGGAAUUCGAUAUAGUAUCGACUUUUGUUCUUCUAUGAAAAUUAACGCACAGAAUUUUUAAGAAAUACAGCGUUUUCAUUGGAUGACAAAUAAAGUUGGACACUAAAAAGAUUAUUUGUAUUUUUGUUUCCGGUAUACAUAAUUAUGUCUAUAAAUUUACCUUUUUAAUGUUUGAUUUUUCAUUUUUGUGUCAAGUUUUUAUAGAAUAUAAAUAUAUUAUAUCAAUUUGCUCAAAUUAGUAGAUUUUGGACACAAAUAAAAUGAGAAAUAAUUUUUUUCAACCAUUUGUAAUGAAAGCUUACGUUCAUACUAUGUCUACAAAUACUUAUUGUUAGAAAUUGUAAAUAGUCACCAAAUAACUAAUGAUUAUUGUUGUGGUUUUAAACCCAAGCAAAAUGAAUAAAUCUAGAGAAAUCAAUCAAUCAAUCAAUCAAUCAAAUCAAACAAAAUGAAUUAAUCUAAAGAAAUCAAUUAAUCAAUCAAAUAUUUAUAUAUAGUGCAAAUACCCAUUGACUUACCAGAAGCUAUGAAAAGCAUUGUUUCUGAAAAUACAUGUAAUUGUAAAUAUACAUAUAUAUGCUAUAGUUAAGUAUUGGUGUAAGACUUUCUGUAUGAACAGAAGAAAUAUUUGUUCUUUUUUAUCAAUAUUGAAGUAUAUCUCAGCAGCCAAAAGGUUAAGAACUCAGCUGAAAUGAUGCACAAAGGGGCACCAUAAGUAUACUAUCUACCAAAUCACCACUUAACCUUGACCUUUACAGUGGCCUUGUGACCUUAAACCCAAGAAAAACAAAAAUGAUAUACUGACAUGACUAAUAUCAAGUAUUUUAACAUCAAAUAAUGUGAACAAGAAAAUAACUUGACCAAAAUAUUACAGAAUUUCAUUUUGCAUUAAGAUGUACUACUUAUUCAUAUAAAAUGUAUAAUGUAUGGCAGAAUUUUAUUUUGUGUACUAAUUCAUAUAAAAAUUAUUUUCUUUUUAUCUACUGCUUAAUAUAAUUCACAUUUUACAAGGAGUAACUGUGAAAAAUAUAAGAUAUAUCUCAUUGACACAAAAUUUAUAUAAGUCUAGUAAACAAUACCAUUUCCUUAUAUUGUUUUAUUUUUGAAAUACAGUGACAAUUUAUCCUAACCUUUAAGUGCUGGAACCUUGCAGUCUGACCAGGCUCUAUACUGUUGGCUGACAAACUUAAAAUAUUCAAAUUGAUAUCCCUAAAAUUGAUAAUGAACAGUCCCAAAAAUGGAAUUGGGACAAGUCCAUUUAAAAUACUCAGCAGGUUAAGGGUUAAGAAUUCUGAAAAUUCAAAUUGUUAAACAUAAUAAUAUGAUAAUAAAAUCAUCAAUAGAUUCUUUUAUACAAGGCUUUUUAUUAAAGAGAUGUUUUUGUUUUGUAUAUAUGUAUGAGCCGCAUCACGACAAAACCAACAUAGUGCGUUUGCGACCAGCAUGGAUCCAGACCAGCCUGCGCAUCCGCGCAAUCUGAUCAGGAUCCAUGCUGUUUGCUUAACAACCCUUUUACAAGUAGAGAAACACUGAUUCUGAUCAGACUGCGCGGAUGGCUGGUCUGGAUCCAUGCUGGUCGCAAACGCUCUGUGUUGGUUUUGGCGUAAUGUAGCUCAUAUAUGGUAUACAGUAUAUAUAUAUUUGUAAAUAAAUAUAUUUCACAGUUCAACAAAUGUUUGUAAGGUUGUACAAAUUUGUAUAAAGAUAUAUUUAUAUUUAUUGUGUAUCUGUGAUAUUUAUUAUGAAAAUUGUACAUAAUUAUAGUUGUGUAUGUGAACAUAUAUGUAUAGUUGUAUAUGUAAACAUACGUGUAAAGUUCUGUAUGUGAACAUAUACAUAUAGUUUUGUGAGAGUUGCUUACAGUUGAUCUGUUCAUUCCGCUGUAAAUGUUAUCACAUUGAUGGAGUACAUUUCUUAAUGAUAUAAUGUUGAAAGUGAAUAUUAAAGAUAUUUUAUUGAAAAUGA